AAAAUCUGGGGCCGAGUGUUCGGACAGGAAGCACAAAGAGUUCUGAGACUGGGAACAUGGCCGAGUAUCUCGCCUCGAUUUUCGGAACCGAGAAGGACAAGGUUAACUGCUCCUUCUAUUUCAAGAUUGGAGCUUGUCGUCAUGGAGACAGAUGCUCUCGGCUUCACAACAAACCUACCUUCAGUCAGACAAUUGUGUUGUUGAACCUGUAUCGCAAUCCUCAGAACACAGCUCAGAGUGCAGACGGCUCUCACAUAUUCUCAUCUCUUUCAGGCCACGUGAGUGACAUACAGGUGCAGGAACAUUAUGACGACUUCUUUGAGGUUUUUACUGAAGUGGAACAAAAGUAUGGUGAGAUCGAAGAGAUGAACAUCUGUGAUAACCUCGGUGACCAUCUGGUUGAGAACGUCUAUGUCAAGUUUCGAAGGGAGGAAGAUGCAGAACGUGCUCUUGCAGAGCUGAACAAUCGCUGGUUUAACGGCCAGGCCAUACAUGCAGAGCUGUCUCCAGUCACAGAUUUCAGGGAGUCCUGUUGUCGUCAGUAUGAAAUGGGAGAGUGCACCCGUGGCGGAUUCUGCAAUUUUAUGCACUUGAAGCCCAUCAGCAGUGCUCUGCGACGACAGCUGUACGGACAAGGACGCAGAAAUCGAUUGGACGGUUCUAAAGCACCAUCCCCCAUACGCUUCUCAGACAAAAAUCGUGAUCGAGAUAGACGCCGGCGAUCCCGCUCCCCCAGACAAAGGCACGGUCGUUUCUAAGGAUGGGUCUAGUGUGUGUGAGCGUUGGGAGGUGGUGAGAGCUACGAUGAGCACAUGACUAGAGACGGCAUCACCAGACCAGCUCACUACCAUAUCCCUGCUGUAUUCACAGCCCCCUCUCUGACAACCGGAAUAAAAAAUGACAGCAUCCACCCACUGGGUGCUAUAACAAAAUGUACUGAAAACACCGGCAGUGCCAGCAUAACGCUUCUGUAGGUGAUCACAAAAAAGCAACUUUUUUUUUUUUUUCCUUUUCUUCUUUAGCGAAAUGCAGUUUUGGCACUUUGGUUCUACAGCCAUGUGCUGCUCUCUGUGCCCACUUCUAUAUUUUUUUUGUUUGUUUUAAAGACAUCUCAGCCUGGUUGCAUUUUUACUAAACUUUGUGGCUGGAGCAGUCUGCAGAGCAUUGCACAUUCUUUGUUGUAUUUAGGGAGUGUGCAGCAGGCCUGACACUGUAUCAGCUGCGCAGGCCCAUAUUGUAACUGAACCAAGAAUGUUACUGUAGGUUGCUAGGGUAUGUAAGCAGGGUGACUUGUAUAUAGCAGGAAAGGGACGUUGCCUAUUAAUUGGAAAGUCUGAAUAUCUACUGUUUUGGUUUUCCAGGAGCAUAACUGUGAUUACAAAUUAAAUGGGGUUGGAAAGUGUAAGUGCUUUAGUAUUAAAAUAAAAUAAAAAAA